AUUUAACCACAUACAAGGAAAUUAAAUCCUAAAAAUGAAUGCAGCCAUGGUGGAUUCAUGGGUGAAGUGUGUGUGUGUGUGUGUGUGUGUGUGUGUGUAAUCGGAGCUACUGUUGAGGCCGAGAUGUGUUGUCCCUGAGGCCAAACACAACGCUGAGGACGAGAGAUGGAGCCGCUCACAUGAUUAAGUUGUGACUGUCUUCUGAGGCUGUGGGUGUGUAAAUGUGUGUGUUGUUUGUUUUUAUCGAUGAGAGGGAGCGUCUCACUGUUCUCAUUGUCCCCCGUGUAAGUCUGAUGAGAAGCACCAGUCCUUGGGCUGCCAUCUACCCGGACAGGCUGAUGAUCUGGAGGACGAACCUCUGCUGCAUGUGGACCCGUGGCCGGGCCCUGAACAUGGGAAGCUAAAUAUUAGGAAUCUCUUCAGAGCAUCUACAGGGACGGAGGCAGUGUGGAGCUGAAAGCAAAGAAGUGGUUGCCAUUGAAAGAACUGAAACCGUCUGGAUUAUCCACCGUAGUGAACACCUUGACUUUAGAUGGGUUCGGCCUUUAAGAAGUUCUGCUGCUGCUGCUGCUGCGCCACUGGUGACAACGACGAUGAUGAUGAGAAGCAGCCUUUAGUCCCUCAGGAUCCGUUGGAGUAUUUUAACCGUGAAGUCCAGAAGCGUCGUGAUGAGGAGACCAACUUGUGGAGCGAGCCGGGAGACCCCAGCCACUCGGAGAGAGUUGACGACCGGGUCCUCUACGGGCUGCUGCAGGCCCGGAACAAGACCACCAUGGGAUCCACGGGCUAUCGGCGACUAAGUGUUGAUAUUGAAGCCAUGAGAGAUACCCGUCGAGAAGUCAGAGACAAAUGGAAGACAAUCCUGGAGAACUUAGGUUUCACAGCGGAGGCAGACUCACUGCUGAUGGUGUCAGCUGGAGCGUCACAUGACCGUAUGCGUAAUGCCCCUGCAGCACGUGCCCUGCUUCAUACGCUGCACUCUGAGACUUCCCUCUUCAGCAGGAGAGAGCCACCUCCAGAUAGAUAUCUACUCAUCCUGGAUCGUCUUGUGUAUCUAGAUAUAGAUGAAGAUUUCCUGGCCAGGGCGAAGUGCUUCUAUCCUCCAAAUGAUGAUUCUGAAGAGGAGGAGACGGGCCUUGCCAUAAAUCUACCGCUGCUGCUGGCCAGGGUAGAGGCCAUGAACGGAAGAGGCAAUCAAGAAGACGAAGACGAGGACGAGAGCACAAGAUUCGACGGAAACUCGAGUGACAGAUCUUAAGAUCUGCUGGCUGCAAUAAUAAUAGACACAAGGCAGGGGGCAGUAGUCAUCAACCUUGGAGACCAGGGUGACAUAAAUGCGUCUGUUGCUGCUGUGUGGAAGUUUUAGGCUGAAGUAUUUCUCCCCGACGACACAGCUUGAGUCUUGUUGUGUUUUCUCUGUUAAAAUAUAAAAGGGGGCUUUGCUGAUGUUCUGCUAAAUGUUACUGUUCUUCUGUCUAGCACAGAGUUUAAGUUCUCAGGCUGCUCAUUGUUGAGCUGUUGUGAACCUUCAGGGUAGCGAUGUUCCUUUGAGCCUCUUUAUAUGCUGUCCUAUGAUUAUCAGCACACAUUUCAUUCAGUCACAUGAUAACAACAGUGAAUAAAUAGCCCACUAAUCUCACGCCAUGUUUCACGAGAAUGUGUUUGUGUAAUUGAUACUUAUCGGACAAAGGCAAAGUUUGCAUUUGGUUUCUAACAUUAUUAUAACAGCAGAUGGAAAUACAAUGUAGUGAGUAGAGUAUGUUGAACCUUUGAAACAGUUUGUGUAUGUGUCUGAGGUGACUUUUAGGUGAUGCAUGAGGGUGUUUUUUUCCCCCUCCAGCAAGUUACUGAAAAUGUGAAAGAUUUCUAAGGUCAUGUGGAAGUUUGUGUAUGUGAUCACGUGUCCAGUGUAUGAUUAAAUAAAGUUCCAGCCCAAA